CUCCAAAAUAGGGGAGGAAUGGCGAUUUCUUAGGGCUUGGCGAGCGCGGGAUGUGAGGAGUGAUCCGGGGAGGCGCUGGAGUGGACGCGUGAGAGGCGCUCCGCUGCGAUCGUGAUUCUGCUGUGAUUUGAGAUCUUGUUCCGCCCAUGGCAGCUUCCAUGACCACUGAUACUGCGAACUUAACGGGUACUAUGAUGGAUAUCUCCAGCCCCGCCAUCGCGUUUGACAUCGAGGUGGCGGAGUCUCUUCGGGCGACGUUUUCAGUGCCAAAACGAGUGAGGAGGAGGCUGGAGCAAUCGCCAGAAGCUAAAAGCCUCGAGGAUAUUGAAGCCAAGCUCAAGGACGCUGACUUUAGAAGACAGCAAUUCCAUGAGUGGCUUGCAAACAAGGCCAGGCCAAAGCGUAAAUCCGACCAGACAAGCUCUCCUCUGCCAAAGGAGCUUGCUGAGCGCCUCGAGGCCAGGCUUUGUGCAGCAGAGCAAAAGAGGCUGGAGCUUUUAGCUCAAGAGCAGACACGACUUGCAAAGCUUCAUGAGCUGAGAAUGGCUGCAAAGACUGAAGCUCAGCUCCGUGCAGAGAGGGAAAGGGAGGAACUGGGGACGAAAGUUGAGUCGCGUGUUCAGCAAGCGGAAACAAACAGGAUGGCGCUUGUGGAAGCUGAGAAGCAACGGCGAGCUGCAGCUAACGAACGUAUUGCACAGUCAAUCGUGCAGCGAACUACUCUCGAAGAUCAAGAACGCGAGAAAGCUGAAGCUCUUCGUGUUGCCAUUUGCCAGAAAAUUGCGGCUGCAGAAGAAAAGCGGGCCUGCUUAUUGGAAGCAGAAAAGAAUCGGGCACAGGCGACUGUCACACAAGCCAGGAAAGUGGCAGAAGCGGUUUUACGGGAGAGGGAACUGGAGUUGAUGAACAAGAAGGAGAAACUUGAAGCUCGCCUUCUCAGGGCAAAGCGCCAGCGUGCAGAAUAUUUGCGACAAAAGGGAGGCUGUAGAGGAACGUGUCACAAUCAUGGGCACAAGAUGCAUAAGCAUGGGGAUCGGCUUUGUCGAAAGCUGACGAGGUGCUGGAGGCAAUUUCGGGUGUCAAUGAAAACAACUUAUGCACUGGCCCAAGAGUUUGCGGAAGCCGGUAUCAGCCAGCGUACUGUAACGUCUCUUCCGUUCGAACAGCUCGCCAGUCGGAUAACUUCUCCUGCGGCAUUGAGGAGUGUGAAAGCUCUUCUUGCCCGUAUCGAAAGCCGGCUCAUGCUCUCGGCUGCGACGGAAUCGUCGGAGGUGGCAAAGAUCGACGUGCUACUGAAGCGUCUCUCCCCGCCACAGCGUAAGACAGCCUCUUCCGGAUCUUCGAGGAUGAGCAAACGAAGCAGCGCUCAAGCUCUUGCCAAAGCUCCUGCCAAGGCUCCUGCCAAGGCUCCUGCAAAAGCAAAGGACAGCUCGAAGCAUGAGGACCAUCACGACCUUGAGAGAUAUCCAGCGCGUGUUUUCCUUUGUGCCUACAUGAUAUCCGGGCAUCCCGACGCAGUGUUCAGUGCGAGAGGGGACCGUGAAGCUGCACUGGCUGAGGCUGCUGCAAAGUUAUUGCCAGAGUUUGAAGCAUUGGUUUCAACUGUUAUAGACGGCCCGACUCCUUCCUCGCCUCCGCCUUCUCCAUGUCCGGAAUGGUACAUCGAUGGACAACACAAACCUUUCGCGGCUCAGCUGGCCUCCUUCGACACUGCAUGGCACUCGUACCUCUGCCGGUUUGUUGCAUGGAAGGUUAAAGACGCAGAGUUGCUCGAAGAGGACUUGAUUCGAGUUGCUUGCCAGCUUGAAGUGUCUAUGCUGCAAAAGUGCAAGAUCGUACCUGGGAAGGAUGCGUCGGAGCUGACACACGAUACUCAAGCCAUUCGCAAGCAGGUUCUUGAAGACCAAAGACUUUUGCGUGAAAGAAUCGUCCAUUUGACUGGUAACACCGGACUAGAGAAAAUGGAGGAAGCGCUUUCAGCCGUCCGCUCCAAGUUUUUGGAAGCAAAAGAGAAUGGUGUUCCAUUACCGUCACCUUUUGCGUAUUCGUCGCCAGAAGACCUGCGAACCGUCCCUGAGUCGCCGGAAUCAGAUGGACAGAAGGACGAGCGACCGAAAUCGAAAGCUGCACGCGCCCUCUUCACUGCAGCUCCAACCAACACUCCAAACAUGGAAGCAGUUCCAGAGGCUAUGAACCUCGAUCCUGCUGCUGAUCUCCACAACUCCGGGAUGACAAACGAGAGAAUUGUAAACGAAAUGAUGCACGAUGGCAACUGGACGAUCCCAGAUCAGAUGAACCCCUCUGGCAGUUUGUCGAAAAUGGAGGCUCAAAUUCGGACAACUAUGGAAAGAGCCUUUUGGGAUAGCAUCGAAGCCAAUCUCUUGAAGGAUACACCCGAUUAUCGGCAGGUUGUGAGCCUUGUAGGGGAAAUUCGGGAUGACCUCGAAAACAUAGUGCCUGAGGCAUGGAAGCAAGGGAUUCGCGAAAGCCUUGACCUGGAGCUUUUGUCACAGGUUCUAGAGUCGGGCAUCAAUGACUUCAGAUAUCUGAGAAAUCUGCUUGACUACACCCUUGAUAUAAUUCUGAGACUGGGUGCUCCAGCUCGUGACAUGGAAUCCAAGACUGCACAGCAGGCGCUUAUCGAGGAUUUGUCAAUGGCAACGACUGAUGCUGCAACGAAAGAAUCCUUUGGGAAAGCUGUCGUGAAGGGAAUGCGUUUUGUGUUCGAGCGCUUGCAGGUUUUAAAGCAGGACAUAAGCAACGUCAGGCUACAGUCCCUCGCGCAACUCAUCAGUGGAUCGACUGGACUUGACUAUCUACGAAAGGCAUUCGCCGAUCGUUAUGACUUAACCGCUUCAACAACAGACGAGCAGCUUUUUGAAAAGCUCUCCAAAACCGUUCGGUGGAUCCGCGCGACGCAGUCUUCGAUGGAGGCCCACAAGAGCGAAGUUGACUCGGCAUUAAACUCUUUCAAGUCGCUUUCAGCAAACUUACCGCCAGCAAGCGCUCCGCCCGCGUUUCCAAUGUGCACGGGUGGAAGAGUUGCUGUGACUGGAACGUCCAACUCUUCGAGGCAGAAAGCAGUUGCCUCAGGUGCCGAGGAACCGAAACUGGGAUGUGUAAGAUGGGGAAGCAACGAGGCCAUCAUUCGUCUCGGGCUCCUCUUCCUCGUCACAAGCUCCGAGGCUGCUACUGACAAGAAUGUACCAGAAACACUCUUACUCAACAUCAACAGGCUUCGAGACUGCCAGAAUGACUUCCAGCGUGUGGUGGUGAUGGCUACCGGGCUUCUACUUCUCCGGCAAGAGCUCAUGACGAAAGUCCAUGGGCCCGAGCUGGAGAGCAUCCUCGCGGACGCGUGCAAAGAACUGGAGAGCCUCCUCAACGAGCCCAUGGCGUUGGUGAGCCAGAUUGGAUCGUUCCUCGCCAGAGUUUGCGCCAAGUACUGCAGCGAGAGCUAUCCGGACGUGGAUGCGUGCGCGGCGUUCAUGGGCAGGGUGCUGGAGAGAUCUCUCUCGGCUGGCGACGCCGUGUUUGAGCGAGUGGUGGCGACCAUUCGAUCGAGCUUGAGGGCGAUGCUGGUGCUCGGGAGUGGCGGCGACGGCGCGGCGGUGGUGGAGUCGGGGCUCAAGAGGAUCGGCGGCGGCGUGUUCCUGGAGGAGAUCGCGGGCAUUGCGCGGAAGAUCGACAGGAUCUCGAGUGUCACGGUCCAAGUUCACGGGAGCUGGUACGGACGGGUGGUAAUGUUCAGCUGAAAGAGACGAUGCCGUACGGCGGGGUCUCCAAAUGUACAAACGAAAGAUUUUAGGGUACUAAGCUUAAAUAUUUGAAAGAGCGCGGGCUUAUAAUUUA